UUGAAUCUAUUUUGAAUUUCAGUAGAGUUUGUUGGCUCAUUGAAAGAAGGUGCUUCAUCACCGUUAAAUUAUUGGUUCAUUUCCAAACAUGUUUGAUCUGUCUGAAGGUGACAAAAAGUUUGCAGAAGAGAACCUGAACGAAACGAAAAUUAUCAGAGAGCAUUGUCUCUCAGAAAUCAAAAAAUGGUUGCAAGAGGAAAAUCAAAAUUUACAUGCCCGACUGGAAGAUGUAUAUUUACUUCCGUUUCUGCGUGGCUGCAAAUUCGAUUUGGAAAAAACAAAGAAGAAGUUGAAAAACUAUUAUGCAAUGCGAAGGGAUAUUCCAGAAUGGUUUGAAAAUAGAGAUCCACAGCUAGAUACAAUGCAAGAGUUGAUCAAAUUGGGAAUAUUUGUUCCCUUGCGAAAGACCCAUAAAAACAUGUUAGUUGUUAUUAUUAGGGUAGCCGCACACAAUCCAUUACUGCAUAAACAGGAUGACGUUUUCAAGGCCGGAAAUAUGAUGUUGGACGUCGCCUCAAUGGAAAAUGUCAUUUCUGCUCAAAUUUAUGGAGUGGUUUCGAUUUUCGAUAUGGCAGGGAUAAGUUCGAAUCAUGGCAAACAGAUGACACCAGGAAUGAUAAAAAAGGCCGUGUUCAGCUGGCAGAACUACCAUUGUAAACCAAAGCAGCUCGAAUUCAUCAAUGCUCCGGUUUUCAUAGGAGUCGUUUUGAAUAUAUUCAAGAGUUUCAUGUCCAAAAAAAUGAGAGAUAGGGUAAGAGUACAUUUCAAUGGGAUUGAGUCUUUAUAUGAAGCUGUCGAUAAGGAUAUUUUGCCAGUGGACUACGGAGGAAAUGGUGAAACUAUGUCAGAAUUGAUUAAGUACUGGAACACCAAGUUUUUGAGUUAUCGAGACUGGUUUCUAAAUGAUGAACAAUUCAAAGCCGAGUAAACCUAUCUUUUCUUUUCGGUGUCUAGCAAAUCAAUUGAUGCUUUCGGAUUUCUCGUCAGUGGUCUGCAGGUUUUUUACCUGGCGUUUCAUCUGCAACUGCGGCAGACAUUGUCAAAGGCGAUAAGACAAUGCUUGAAGUGAUCUACCCAGUAGCAAUACGGAAAAGUGGUUUUAAGUUAAUGUAUUUAUUUCGGAAAUCGGACGUCCGCUUUUUGUACCUGCUCGGUCUGACUCAACUUGAAUUAUUAGAAGAAUAUGUGUGCUCGAUAUUUUAUCGAUACUCAAGCUCUACAUUUUAUUUAGGACGUGUUCCACUACAUGGUACAUCAGUUGAAAUGGUAGGCAAACUAUUCUAUAAUGUAUUUUGUAUAACAGUAGGUUAUCACAAAACUCAAUUGGAUGCAUGAUUAUUUUUAGUAAAACGGGUAGAUUUUGAAAAACCAAUUAUAGUACUAUAUUACUUCUAGAAAAACAAGUAAUUUAUCAAUAUGUUGAUCAUUGACAUUUUAUGAGAACAGGUCAAAUGAUGGUAAGCGAAUAACGCUUAAAAAAAACUUUGUUCAUGUUUAUUGAUUUUCAGAAAUGUUCAAUUUUUGUCCUUUAUUUUCUGUAUGUAAUAUAUCCAUGUUCAAAUCGUGGUUGUUCUCUAAAAGGACCUUAUUAUUGGUAUCAUGUGAAUAUUCUCACAGAGUUUUAUGUUUCCCAUACAAAUGCAAGAUGAAAUUCUCAAAUGGAAAUGGAAUUGAGCAAAAAUUUACACAUCUCUCAAAAUAGAUAGCUGGAAUUCGAAAGUUUACCAAUCAAAUUACUGUGAAUCUUGGAUUUCUAUGUUGAACAUAUUGAAGAAAGAUGAAGGGGUGUCCGGAAUUUGUUCAUUUAAUCUUUUUGAAAAGGAAAUUCACGAUUUCAUUUCAGGCAAUUUUGGAAAAUUUUGUUUAGUAUUUCGGUAGCAAGCAAUACCUGAAAAUACUAAUAAAUUUCAGGUCAAGAUUUGUUUUCUUCACAAAGAUAAUUGUUAUAUUACAGAAGUACAUACUCACUGAAGCUCAAACCUUUGUGGCGUAGAAUAAAUCCAAAACAAUCUUUUCCUAAUCACCAGAAAUGCAAUACUCUUCUCGUCGCGCAAAAUUUCUACAAAACUCAAGAGAUAUACAAAAAACGACAUAGGAUAGUAUAUUCUUUGCAACUGUUAACCACAAUAAUAUGCGCUUCGUGGUGAAACCCUUGAGAAUAUUUCAAAUGACAUGGAUAUAGGUAAGUGUUUAUUAUUACCAUGGAUUUCAGAGAAUGAACGUUUCCAUAUCUCUGUGGAAAAUAUCAUGGAAAAACGAGCUUAGGUCUUAUGUCAGUGAUUAGAGAAUCGAGUCCCAGGAGUAUACUUGUAGUUCUUUCUACAGCGGAACCACGAGAGGAUGCUAAGAUGCUUAAAAUCGUGCGAAUCAGGCCGAGCAGGUAGGAACUCAAGCGAACGUCUGACUUGCGGUCCCAUUAUGAAUACCAACAUAUCAAGAACACUUUUCAGUUUGUCUAUCGUACGUAAACCAUUUGCGCAUCGCUUUCCAUAAAGUCUGCUGCUGUUGCAGGCCAAAAAACCUGUAGUUCACAAAUGAGAAACCCGAUAACUUAAAAACUUCUAUCAUAUUGUAACAUUUUAUUCAAUUAUUGUAUUCUGACGUUAUGCUGAAUUUAUGUGUUCCUUGGAUUCUUUUUUCAGUUCAUUGGAAAUAUACAGUAGGUAUCUAAUGUGA